AUGUUUGAGGUGAUCUUCGCUCGGAAAGUCUUCCCCAUCUGGACUAAAUGGCACAAGCGUUUCUACGACCCGACGAAUCCAGACACUGCUUACGAAACCUUCGUGUCUGGUACCCAAGCCAUACAACAACGACGCGGCCUAGAGUGGCAUGUUCCCGCCAGUGGUCAAUUUCUCGUUUUGGACAGGCUCAUGGAUGCUCUUGAAAAUGGGGUCAGAGACGCUCUAGCGAGAUCAUACCUGAGCAAGGUUGACCUAAGCUUCCAUUCAAUUGACACGGAACCAAUGUGUGAAUCCAAUUGCAUCGAGUCCUAUGGCCUCCAUAUAUCCUAUGGACCUGCGAACAUGCCGUAUAUCGACACCGAGCUCAGAACUAGUCGGGGCUCCCAGACCACGAGUAUGAAUGUCCUACAAGGGAAAACAAGCCUUAAGGAUAUGAUCAAUGGCAUCGCUCACCAUUUUCUUUCUUCUGAACAAGCAAAAGUCUUCAAGACUUUACCAUUACCGGACAAUAUUCGAGUCAGCCUGCAGGCAGAGUAUACUGCCCAAACCCCGCCUGACUACCAGCCUCUAGGCUUUAAACCUGUCAGAGAGAUCGCUUGGAAGAAAAAUGACAUGGUUGCCGAUGAAAAUGACAAAUACAAAUUGACAACCGGUUUCCACAGUGUAGCAUUUACCUUCAGACCACCAGGAUAUCGCGUCCAAGCUCCGCAAAGCUCUCAACAGGAUAACGAUCCAGCUAAGCGCAUAGCUCCGGGCGCUGAUGAUGGCCUCCGUAACGAACGCUCCAUCGGAAGCCUCCGAGCAGUCGAUCGACUGAGAGCGUCCUCGGAGUUUUCCGCAUCUGAUGGAGGGCACACACAACCUGAGAUUCUGAGACAGGUUCGAGGAAUACAUUUCUCCAGACUUGACCACGACAGUCGGCAGGACACGCAGCAAUACCAUACGUCGCCGUCGUCGCCUUCAUCAAUCCCGCCAUAUCCGGAUACUGCAUUCCAUGCAGAGCUCUACAUUCCGCAAUAUGUACCAGAAAUUCUUGAAGUUGCCAGACUCAGACUGAAGGAACUAGUCGCACGAAGUAAUGAGGACUUGGCCACUCCACAGAGUGUACAGAUCUAUUGCGAUUGUGGAGUCUCUGUGAAUGACGGUCAUUUGGUCCAAUGUUUACAAUGCCAUACCUUUCAUCAUGCUGAAUGCUAUGGCUAUCUCUCCAAGGUUCCCCGGGCUGAGUUUUGCUACGCAUGUGCAAGAGAUCUGUUCGACAAAAGCCUAAAUCUGGGAGACAGAAAAUUUGACGCUCAAUUGAGGCGUACGAUUCGAUUCUUCCAGAACGGACAGGUUGCGAGGACGUUGAACGAAAUCGCAAUGCAUCUUGGCAUGGGCUCGGAUGAGCGGAGUAAGAGUGUCACAAGGCAAAUUCUCGACGAUCUUGCAACGGACGGAUACAUCGUGGAGCGAAAAGUGGAUUCGACUUUCUCUCUCGUAAUUGGCAAGGAGUCAAUUAUCCCUAGCACCUUUUUCAAUCCGCGCAUCGGUAUCUAUCAUUUUUUUCCUGAAAACGAGACGCCACUUAUUGAGAGCACAAGUCCUUUCAGAAGUAUAGAGAGACCCGAGUCCUAUGCCCUCACUUCUGCCUCCGACUACCCUCGAACGCCUGCUGCCUCAUAUCCACCAAAGCAAUACCGUACACUGAGAACCAUGCAACACUCUUCCCAAAGAGAGGUCUCGGUAGACGAUGCCACUACGCAAUCUGCCGUCAGCACUCCAACUCAUCUUCCAGGCUAUAGCUCUCAAGAACACUCCUUUAGCAACGAAUUCCGGACCUUGAGAUUAGGGGGAACUGGAAAUGGAAGCAAAUUUACGACUCCGCUUAAUGCGAAUUCUAGUCUCCUAAGAGAAUAUUCUGGCAAUAAACGAUUGGCCGAGUCGGGUCAGCAGGCUCGGGCAAGUCGUCGGAAAAUGGAGUGA